AUGCUACCACUAGGUCUUCUCACGGCCGCACAAGGCCACCCUAUGCUUGUGGAACUCAAGAACGGCGAAACCCUGAACGGACAUCUCGCCAAUUGCGAUAACUGGAUGAACCUUAUACUCAAGGAGGUUGUUCAAACCAGUCCCGAAGGCGAUCGAUUUUUCAAAGUACCAGAAGUUUACAUCAGAGGAAACAAUAUUAAGUACCUACGGAUUCCAGAAGAGAUCGUGGAAAUCGUGAAGGAGCAACAACAAAAUCAACCCUCAAACCGCAAUCGUGGCGGCCACCGGGGCGACAGAGGCGACAGAGGCGGACGAGGCGGCCGAGGUCGUGGCCGGGGACGAAGCUCCACAUCAGCCUCUUCGUGGAGAUACUUAAGCAGUCGCACACCGAGACUCCAGAAACAUGAUACGGGGAAGGAUAACAUCACGGAUGGAAUUGAACCUUGCGACCCUCAGUCCGAUCAGUUAGUAUCACGACACACAUAUCGACAUACGAGAAAUGUCCCUAGGCUUCCUCGAGGGGUUCCCGAUACUCUAAAGGACAAGACAACGUCACGUUUAGAGACAAGGCUACAGGAGAUAACAGCUAAGCGCCCCAGGAUUAUCAGCGCAACCCAGAUAUUGCGCACCUUAAUUAGAGACCGCCACAUACGCCCGGACCUACGGCAUUACAAGGCGUUGAUACUGGCCAACUCCGAUCCAGAGCGUGGGUCGCCGGAAAAUGUCCGCCAAUUGUUGUCGGAAAUGGAAACGAACGGGAUAACUGCAGAUUCUGGAACAUUGCAUGCUGCUUUACAGGUCCUUGCAGUUCAUCCGGAUUAUAUGCUGCGCCAAGAGAUUUUGCACACUCUACGAGACCGAUGGCUUCCUUUAAGCCCUGCUGGCUGGCACUACGUUGUGGCUGGCCUAUUGAGGGAACACCAAUUUGAGUUGGCGUUAGACCUUCUCGAAAAAAUGGAAAUAAAAGAGGUCCCGGUCGAGAACUGGCUGUACAGUCUUUUUAUAUACUAUCUUUGCGACUUUGAAGAAUUCGACGAGGUGAUUCGAUUGAUACGUCUACGUGUAAGGCGAGGCCAUGAAAUGACGCCUGAUUUGUGGCUGUACGUUCUGGAUGCAGCAAGUGCUGCUGUCCAUCACGAGGCAACAUUUUACGUAUGGAGACAAAUGGUGGGAUUAGGAUAUCUUAAACCAUCAUAUGGUAUCUGCCGGAACGUUCUGACUGUUGCAUGCCGUACUGGGGAUACGAACCUUGCGACAUCCGUGAUCCACUUCCUUACCGAAACCGAUGUGUCCCUUAGCUUGGAAGACUACGAGAGGCUGGCAGAAGCUCAUCUUAACUCCGGGGAUUUGUGUUCUGGAUUUGAAAUCUUAUGCCAAAUGCAUGCAGCAGGCAUUCCACUGAAACCGAGCUCGACUAGUGCUGUUCUCACCCACAUGAUUCAAAAUAGAACCCAUCCACGCGAUGCUUGGGCCAUGCUAAAACGGCUGAAAGAACUGAAAUACGAGAUCCCUCUCCGUUGCGCUCUGGUUGUGAUUCAAAUGUGUGAGCAAGAAGCUCUUAGCGAUCCCUCGAUGGUAGACGAUGGGAUUGCGUUAUACAAGGAACUUUACGCGCUUUGCCCGGCUAAGGCUGAUGCUUCAGUGUACAACUCUCUUGUUGGUAUGUGCCGACGGGCAAAAAACACAAACGCCGGCAUUUUUGUUGUGAAAGAGAUGGCAUCCCUUGGCGUGGUGCCGGAUGGUACGACAUUUGAGCACCUCAUCGUAAUGUGCCUAGACGCCGGCAAUUUUGAAUCAGCGUUGAUGUAUUUUCAGGACAUGUCUGAACGAGGGUUUACUCCUGAUGAAGAUACGCGUAUCGAGAUUCGGGACCUCUGCUCUAGGUCGAGUAGCGAGUACGCGCUCCAAUUGCGAUAUCACCCGCAUGUCAGGGAUGAAGCGAUAGAUGUAUCGGACCCUGACGCCCAAUCCACCGUGGAAUCUCCACCUUUGUUCAAGAAGGUCUUCUCCUACCCACCACCGGAAUACGCUAAUGUCCCUCGACGCCAAAUACAACGGCCGGUGUCUACGGAAGAACGGCGAGCACAGCGACGAGCGGAAAAUAAAGAACGCCGAAAACAGAAAAGAAGGCGGCUGGCCAUUGCCAGGAAUAAACUGGAAGAAGGAUGGGAGGAUUACGAACCGGGGGGGGUUGGUUCUUGA